UUAUGAAGGGCGAGCUUGAAAUAACUUUAUCGUACUCACUAUGAUUUAAUAUUUUUUUUGAGAAUAUAAUUUCCGUCGCCCAGUGAAAAUUCCUUAAAAAAUGCACUAUUACAUAAUAUGUUUAUAAAUUAUGAAUGAUACAUACACCAAUCAUCAAUGUCAAAUUAAGUGUGGUAAAGGUUUUUAAUAAUUUAUGUAAUUUAAUAGGAUAAUUCACGGUUAAUUAGGGACCUAUUAUAAUUAUACAAAUAACUGGAAUUUCCAAGCAUUAUCAUUUAUCACCAUACGCGUCCAUACGCAUUUGGCCUAUACCUACCAAUGUUCGGUCGGUAGAUACCUCUAGUACCUGCUUAUAGUACCUAUAUUGUACUUUAAUUUGUAAGAAAAAGAAGUUGGUUAUACAGCCGCCCAGCCACUGCCGACUUGUUGUCAAUUCAGACAUAAGUUGUGUAAAAAUAAAAUGACAAAUUACAUAAGAAGAAAUUGUGAACCUGUCGUGAAUCAUACGAUUAAGCGAUGGCCCCAAGACGAAAUCGGCAUAUUGGAUGGAAAUUGUUCUUUUAACGUCGGCUAUUUGGGAUGCGUUGAAGUAUCGGAACCCACAAAUUCAAAAAUAUGCCGUGAAUCGUUUGCUAAAUUAUAUCAGGAAUAUAAAAUAGGAAUUUCUCAUCCAAGUUCUGCUAUUUUAUGGAUAACAGGAUAUGAAUUAAGAAUUGUUGACAAAAUAUCAAAGAAUUUAAUUCUGGCUCAAACUAUUGAAAAUGUAAUAUUUUGUGCAUCGACCACAGACAAUGCAGAUCAGUUAUUCUUUACUAGCAGAGACUCUCGCAAUAACAGAUGGCUGUGUUAUUUGAUUAUUGUUACAGAUCUUUCGAGCGACCGACUAUGUAGGGCAGUGGGAUUUGCAUUUAGAGUAUGUCUGAGGAGGAAAACUAUACGGGAAGGAUCUGCAACGAAUACAACAAGUACCAGAUCUAUAGGUUAAAUAAACUUAAGUGUAAACAACAACUAAAUGUCUUGUAAAACGUUUACAUAUUAUAAACAUGUUGUUAGAAAUGUAUAGUUAAGACUGCAGUGUUGUCAUAAUGUUUUAAUCAUUUACUUUAUAUUACUACUAUUAAAAUUACAAACGUUUUAAUAUUUUAUCAAUGCAGGAUUUACCACCUAUCAUAUGUACUUUCAAACCAAAAUAUUUUUAUAUGCAGAUUUCUGUGAAGACAUGGUAUCACUUAAUCCCAUAUUAUAUAAUAUUUUUGUAAUA